AUGGCCGAGUUCCAUAUCUCUGAGGAAUCUCUCACGCCCCUCAAGGACAAAGUCGUCCUCAUAACAGGAAGCUCCUCCGGUAUUGGCAAAGCAACCGUCCAACUGUGCCUGCAUCACGGCGCAAAAGUCAUAGCCGGCGACAUCAACCCCUUUCCAGCUGACUUUCUACAAGAACAAACCUCUCCAGAAGCUUUGGCACACUCACCAGAGUACCAUUCCCAGAAUCUGCUCUUCAUUCAAACCGACGUCUCAAACUGGUCAAGCAUCCGCAACCUCUUCACCCGCGGGCUCGAACGAUUCGGCGGUAUAGACCACGUCUUUGCGAACGCGGGCAUCGGGCCGCGGACUAACUUCCUCGAGGAAGUUUUCGAGGACGAAACCAAAGAGGAACAACUACUCGCCCCGCCGGAUCUCAAAGUUCUGGAGGUCAAUCUCAUCGGCACAAUCUAUACAGUACGACUGGGCGUCCAUUAUCUCCGUCGAUCCGAGCAAAGAGAAACCGAGAUUGAACUCUCUCCUAGCAUAACAGUUACGGCCUCCGCAUCGGCCUUCCAGGAUUUUGCUGCGGGGGAUUACACGGUUGCAAAGCAUGGCGUUCUUGGGAUUCUACGCGGACUGUACAGUGACUUGCGGCAGCCUCACCCUGAGGGGAAGGAAUGGAGGAGUGUGAGACUAAAUGCCAUUGCGCCCUCGUGGACAGCUACGGGGAUUGCGCCUGGCGAUGUCUUGAGGAGUCUGGGGGCUCAUGUUCAGGAGCCUGAGUAUGUGGCGAGGAGUGUGGUCAUGCUGUUCAAUGACAAAGCGCGAAAUGGGGAGCUGAUAUAUAGUUGGGAGGGAAGGUACUGUGAAAUUAAUCGGUGUGCAGGUGGGUUGUUGGAUGGGGUAGCGAGGGUUGUGCGGAAUGUGGCGGAGGAGGGGUCGAUUAUGGAGAAGUGGAAGGGCAGGUAG